GUAUAAGCUGCCACCAAACAAACGCAGAAGCGAAAUCUCCUAGAAAGCGAGUCAGCCAAAACAAACCAUUGGAACACGAAACACAGCAAACAACACAACAUCGAUCAUGUUUCCGGAGACCAGCGCAACGCGGUGGCCAACUCACCCCACUCAGUGGACUCGCUUCCACGACAAGCUCUUCGAGCGGGCGCUGCUCGCCGUGCCGGAGGACAUGCCCGACAGGUGGCAGAAGAUCGCCGACCAGGUCCCCGGCAAGUCCGCGGCCGAGGUCAGGGACCACUACGACGCCCUCGUUCACGACGUCUUCGAGAUUGACUCGGGCCGAGUCGAGGUCCCCAGUUACGUCGAUGACUCGCCGCCGCGCGCGCCCACCGCCGCUGCCGGAACCUCCUCCUGGGACUCUGCUAAUCAGAUCUCAUUCGGCUCCAAGCCUAAGCAAGGCGACAACGAAAGGAAAAAGGGCACGCCUUGGACUGAAGAGGAACACAGGCUGUUUCUGAUUGGACUGAGUAAAUUUGGGAAGGGAGAUUGGAGAAGCAUUUCAAGAAAUGUUGUUGUGACAAGGACACCAACUCAAGUGGCGAGUCAUGCUCAGAAGUACUUUCUUCGCCAGAACUCGGUGAAGAAAGAGAGGAAGAGGUCAAGCAUUCAUGACAUAACCACUGUGGAUAGUAACUCCGUGCCUGUGCCCAUUGAUCAGAAUUGGGUUCCUCCUCCUGGUACUGCUUCCGUGCAGCAGCCACAAGACAUGCAGCAAUACCCACCAAGCAACUUGCAUGAUCAAAUGGGACAAUUUGGGUACUCCAACUAUGGCUUUCAAAUGUGAAGAUAUGUUUUGUACAGAGUGCUUUGCUUUAGCUCUCUCUCUUUGUAAAGUUUAUGGUUUUGCUAGGUGACAAAGGGUGAUUAGGAGUAUGGCUAAUUAUUUUAAAUUUAUUAGUGUAGGUUUCGUUUGAAUACCUUUGUGACAUAAAUGAAUCAGCUAGGAGUAAAGGGUAGUGAAAACAAAUAGGAAUGAUUUCAUCAGAACAGAAAUGGAAAUUCUUUCUGUGUCCAAUUCAAUUUUAGCAUUUCAAAGUA